AUGGCUCCUCGAGGAACCCUUGAAGUUACACUUGUUGGUGCUAAGGAUCUUAAAAACAUGGAUUCAAUGGGUAUGAUGGAUCCUUAUGUCGUAUUCACCUACAAAGAUCAGGAGAAAAAGAGCAAGGUGGCAAACGGUCAAGGAUCUGAACCAGAUUGGAAUGAAACUUUUCUAUUUACAAUUGCUGGUGCUGAAGAUGAACUCAGAUUGAAGUUAUAUGACGAAGACUCUGGUAGCACUGAUGAUGAUGUGGGUGAAUUAACAAUUCCACUGGAUGCAAUAGUUACCGACAGCGGGUGCGAAGGAAGAAUGCCACCAACGCCAUACGAGGUAAUGAGGAACGACAAAGUCAGAGGAGAAAUUACCAUUGGCCUCUUUUUCAAUCCUGAGCCUGGCAGUGGAGAUCGCGACUAUGGCAGUGGAGAUCGCAGUGGAGAUCGCGACUGUGAUGAAGAAGAAGAAGAAGAAGACGAGUGA